ACCCACAAAACCGCAUUCUCGCUCAUCGUUCGUUUCGUGUUCUGAUGGUGCUCCGUUCAGUGUCAGUUCAUGCGUCGGAGGUGCCGGUACCGGUUAGUAUUUUAGUUCCUUCGUUUGGUGCUCGUAGUAGUGAAAAUUGCCAUGCAAAAGGUGUUGAUUGGCUAGCAGUUUUUUUUUAUUUUCUUUCAAGCAACCAUCAUAAGAAAGAUUAAGUUUUUCUGCUUGAUGACACAAUAGAGGCUGUUGCCAAUGUCUGAUCAUGAAUUGAGGGGAAUAAGAGAAAGAACGACGGAUCUUCCCUGUGACACACCAUGUGUUUGUGAAUAUUCGAUUAGAACAGUAUAAUGUCGGAAAAAUCUCUUGCCAGUGACGGAAAAAGUAAAAAACCUGUUCUUGGUGAUUUCUGCGAAUGAAAGAUCUCUAGUGGAAAGGAUGCUUUUUAGUUGCACAUAUCUGCAACACAUAUUUUCGUUUUUAAUAAGAAGUGUCGAUUGUGUGCUGGAGUGUAUUGUACUGUGGUGACGAUUUACUUAGAUUUAACCAACCGAGAUAUUUGAGGCAGUACGUUUUAAAACAGCGCUGAAUCAUGGAGGGGCAAAAACAGACUUCCCUUCCGAUAUGCCCCGCAGAGAAAGCAAACUUCAUCUCGUACAUCGUGUUCGGCUGGGUGCUGCCCAUCUUCUACAAGGGUUACAAGAAGGAGCUGGGCCCGGAGGACAUGUAUCAACCACUGAAGGCACACAAAUCCGACAAGCUAGGGAACCGACUGUGUCACGCAUGGGAAAAUGAAGUGGCAAAUAAACGAGUGAAGGGGAAACAACCGAGUCUCAUGCGAGCUAUGAUCAAAGUGUUUGGUUGGAACAUUGCUAUGCUUGGGCUGAUCCUGCUUGUACUGGAGCUGGCAUUCAAAGUAACUCAGCCGAUCUUUCUUGGGGCCCUUGUGGCGUACUACUCGAAGCAGAAUGGAAACAUCAACGAUGCGUAUCUGUAUGCUGCUGCAAUCGUUCUAUGCAGUGCUAUCAGUGUGCUGUUCAUGCACUCCUACAUGCUUUCUCAACUGCAUCUGGGAAUGAAGCUGCGUGUCGCUGCCUGCAGUAUGAUCUACCGGAAAUCGCUGAGGCUGAGUAAGACUGCCCUUGGGGAUACAACGGCCGGGCAAGUGGUGAAUCUGCUAUCAAAUGAUGUCGGACGGUUGGAUUUAGCCGUACUGUUUGUGCAUUACCUGUGGAUUGGUCCGUUAGAAACAAUCAUAGUGACCUAUUUGAUGUACCGGGAGAUUGGUAUUUCCGCUGUGUUCGGUGUCAUAUUUUUGCUACUGUUCAUUCCACUGCAAGCAUACCUGGGAAAGAAAACGUCAGUACUGCGACUGCAGACGGCGCUGCGAACGGAUGAGCGAGUACGAUUGAUGAACGAGAUUAUUCAGGGAAUCCAGGUCAUUAAGAUGUAUACCUGGGAGAAACCGUUUGCGAAGCUGGUUGCCAUUGCUAGAAAGAAGGAAAUCAAAGUUAUUCGCUACGUCUCGUACAUCAAAGGAAUCCUGCUGUCCUUCAUUAUGUUCACCACCCGGGUGUCAAUCUUCAUCAGUUUGAUCGCAUACGCCCUGCUCGGUAACUUCGUGACUGCGGAGAAGGCAUUUGUUAUAACCGCCUACUAUAACAUCCUACGAGCUACUAUGACCAUCUUUUUCCCACAAGGAAUCGCUCAAUUCGCCGAAGCCAUUGUAUCCAUACUUCGAAUUCAAAAGUUCAUGUCGUACGACGAGGUUGAAGCUGCACUAGGUGUUUCGAUGACCGAUCCGGAAAAGGAUACAGACGAUUCUUCUCUUCAGAACAGUAGUAUGGAUUGGAGCAAUGGGAUUGAUAAAAAGAAUAAUACCGAUGCUAAGAAAAUGGAAACGGGUCGCUUGAACGAGCAUCUCUCGGAAGCAGGAGUCAUUGUAGAUUCUGCUACAGCUCGGUGGGAUCCGAAGGCGACGGAAUAUACAUUAGAAGGUGUGAAUCUGCAUGUACAGCCUGGAACUUUAGUUGCUGUUAUUGGGCCGGUUGGGGCUGGUAAGUCAAGCUUAAUGCACGCAAUUCUUGGGGAACUUCCAUUGGAAGGUGGCAGUAUUAAAGUAAGCGGCGAGAUAUCAUACGCCUCGCAGGAACCGUGGUUAUUCUCGGCAUCGGUCCGACAGAACAUUUUAUUCGGGUUACCGAUGGACAAAGAUCGAUAUAAAAGGGUGGUCAAAACCUGCGCCUUGGAACGAGAUUUUCAAUUAUUUGCCAAUGGCGACAAAACUAUUGUCGGCGAAAGAGGUGUUUCUUUGUCAGGAGGACAGAAAGCCCGUAUCAGUUUGGCACGAGCUGUUUACCGUAAUGCCGAAGUAUACCUGCUGGACGACCCACUCAGCGCGGUUGAUGCUCAUGUCGGACGACAUCUUUUUGAUUAUUGUAUGCGGGAGUACUUGAAAGGAAAGAUUGUUAUUCUGGUCACUCAUCAGCUUCAGUAUUUACAAAGUGCCGAUCAAAUUGUUAUUCUCAAACACGGAAAAGUGGAAGCAGUUGGAACCUAUGAUAGUUUACGUGAGACCGGUUUGGACUUUGCCCAACUACUAUCUGCACCAAGUGGGAGGGAAGAUGAGGACAGUACGGACAACGAGUCCCUGAAACGAGCGGGUAGUUUAUACAAAAGACAAAGCAGUGAAUCCAGCGUGGAUUCUAGCACAGUUGACGGCGAAAACUCGGCCCCACAGAUGGAACAAGAAAAACGUCAGGAAGGCUCUAUUGGAUAUGGAGUGUACAAAGCAUACUGCAAAGCAAGUGGCGGGUAUGCGAUGGUGUUUUUCCUUCUCGUGACAUUCAUCCUGUCCCAACUGUCUGCCUCUGGUGGAGACUAUUUUCUGACCUAUUGGGUAAGCAAAGAGGAAUCAAGAAUAAGUACAGCUCUCGUCGAUGUCAACAACAACACAGAUGUGAAAAUUGAAAGCGAGUCUGAGCUAAACAAGUCAACUGGGUUUUUCGCGGAAUUGUUCCAAACUUUUCGACAGUUCACGGGUUCGGGUGAUGACGAUAGAUACAUUGAUAUCUAUAUUUUCACUGGUUUGACUGUGGCUACUAUAGUCAUAACGCUAAGCAGAAGUAUGCUCUUUUUUAGGACAGCGAUGCGCGCUUCCCGCAAGCUACACGACGCCAUGUUCAACGGUGUAACCCGAGCCACCAUGUACUUCUUCAACACCAAUCCGUCAGGUCGAAUUUUGAACCGCUUUUCCAAAGAUAUGGGCCAAAUUGACGAGUAUCUGCCAUCGGUUACGGUUGAUGUGAUACAGAUUUUUCUAUCUCUGCUCGGUAUCGUGGUCGUUGUAGCCAUUGUCAAUCCAUACAAUCUAAUACCUACAGUGGUGAUUGGAAUCAUCUUCUACUUCUUGCGGGAACUCUAUCUGCUUACGUCCCGAAAUGUCAAACGUGUGGAAGCUACAACACGGUCGCCAAUCUACUCCCAUCUGUCUGCCUCCCUUUCGGGAUUAUCCACCAUCCGUGCUUUCGGUGCAGAAAAAGUUCUUGUCCGAGAAUUCGACAACCAUCAAGAUUUACACAGUUCUUCCUUCUACCUAUUCAUAUCAACUUCGCGUGCUUUCGGAUUCUAUCUGGACGUAUUCUGUGUAAUCUACAUCGCGAUAGUAACGCUAACAUUCUUCAUUAACGGCGACAGCGGGGGUAACGUUGGGUUGGCCAUUACCCAAGCCCUCGGCAUGACCGGAAUGGUCCAGUGGGGUAUGCGUCAAUCAGCCGAGCUGGAAAAUACAAUGACUUCGGUUGAACGAGUUGUAGAAUAUGAUACGGUGGAUCCGGAACCUGCGCUAGAAGCUGAGGGUGAUAAGAAACCACCAAAAGAGUGGCCUCAGGAGGGUCGCGUCAAAUUUGAAAAACUAUCGUUGCGGUAUCACCCAGAUCCGGAUACAGAUUGCGUGUUGAAAGAACUGGAAUUUGAAAUUCAACCACGUGAAAAGGUGGGCAUCGUUGGCCGUACUGGUGCUGGUAAAUCUUCUCUGAUAAGCGCAUUGUUCCGGUUAUCCUACAACGAGGGCUCGAUUGUUAUCGAUACACGUGAUAUACACGAGAUGGGUUUACACGAUCUGCGUGGAAAACUAUCGAUUAUUCCACAAGAACCGGUUCUGUUCUCAGGAACCUUGCGCUACAAUUUGGAUCCAUUUGAUGAAUACGCCGAUGACAAAUUGUGGCGUGCGCUAAAGGAAGUUAAACUCGAGGAUGCUGUAAACGAACUUCCAUCCGGCCUUUCCUCCAAAAUUAACGAAGGUGGCAGCAACUUCAGCGUAGGCCAGCGACAGUUGGUUUGUCUUGCCCGAGCCAUUCUUAGGGAGAACAAGAUUCUGGUAAUGGACGAAGCUACAGCUAAUGUGGAUCCUCAGACGGACAAGCUAAUCCAGGCAACGAUUAGGGAAAAAUUCAACGACUGUACUGUGUUGACGAUAGCACACAGACUGAACACCGUAAUGGAUUCGGAUAAGGUGCUGGUGAUGGACGCUGGUCGUUGUGUUGAGUUUGGUACACCGUACGAACUGUUAACGACCAAAGAUCAACCGCGUAUAUUCUACGGAAUGGUCAAACAAGUUGGUAAAAGUGCCUUCGAAAAUCUCCUUAAAAUUGCUAAAGAGGCUCACAAGCGAAAACACGAAAGAAUGAAUGAUGGUGCCGCCAUGUAGUUUUUAUCCAUCUCGUUGCAGCCAAAAGACAGACUGUGCUGCUUAUAAUCUGCCAUGCGUUUUACGUGUGCUUACGUUCGUUCUCAUCAUUGCCGAUCUUCACUAUACGGUGCCACUACUAGCUAUUAACAUUGUGGACGUUAUUGAAAUAUUAGAUCAAAGUGAAUUUAACCGUACCUCAUCACAAAUGUUACUUAAAACGGCCCCUAGUAAUAGUAAGAAUAAGAGUUAAAAAAUUGUGCCUUAAAGUUACUCGUGUUACAAGUACAAAACAGUGUUAAAUUUCAAUCAGUAUACUAUUUGAUGCUGAUAAUUUACAAGAAAGCAUCUGUCUCAUACGAAAGUCUGAUGCUGGGAGGACUGUUAUAGAUAUAAGUGUAAGGAAAUGUUUAAAACCUUGGAAAAAGUUCUAUUGUAGAUAUUAUACACAAAUCACGAGUAACGCUAUCUAUCAUUUAUAUUUUGUUGGAGGCCUUAAUUUACAUGCUGGUACUUAAUCGUUGAAUUUUAUUUUCUACUGCUAAACUUAUGUUUUUUCCACUAAACUUAUGUUUUUUAUGUAAAACUUCUCAAUUAAAUAACUGCAAUAUCAUCAGUGAGCUAUGCUGGUAAUUGAGCUCGCCAUUUCGUUACUUAUAUGAAACGUAAUUUUGAUUGCUUUUUGAAAAUUGUAUGGCUGUACUUUUUUGUGUAAUAAAUAUACAUGAAUUGAAAA